UUAAAAAAUAUGAGGCGCCAAACAGACAAAAUCACAGAAAAUAAGAUUUAAUCCACGCUAAACGGUUUCUACUCAAUUCCAAGAAUUUACAGACAAGUUCUUAGAAACAAGCCAUGCCGCUGGUUACUACAGAAGUUAUAGAACAAUUUCAGAAAACUGGAUAUUCUGUACUGGAGAACCUUUUAUCACCAGAAGAAUGUGACCAGUUGCGAUCAAAAUCGAAGAAAUGUAUUGAAGACUUGGAUAUGCAAACUCACCCAAAAACAAUUUUUUCAACUGAAAACCAGAACAAUGACAAGUAUUUUAUAGAAAGUCAAGAUAAAAUCAGAUUUUUCUUCGAAGAAAAUGUGUUUGAUGACAAAGGUAACUUAACCAGGGAAAAACAAUUAGCUAUCAACAAAAUAGGACAUGGUUUACAUUAUGUUGAUGAUGAUUAUAAAAGCGUAACUCAUCAUGCUGUAGUACAGGAGUUCUUCAAGAAAGCCAACUUUAACCAACCUGUUAUUGUUCAAAGUAUGGUCAUUUUUAAGCAACCGCAGAUAGGUGGUGUAGUUUUACCACACCAAGAUGCAACUUUUUUAAUGACGUCACCCUCAAAGGUUAUGGGCGUUUGGAUUGCUUUAGAAGAUGCUGACCUCGAAAACGGUUGUUUAUGGUUUAUACCUGGGUCACACACACGUGCUAUCACGAGAAAAAUGAUCCGAAACCCCGAUAAAAACGGACCUAUAACAAUAUUUACUAAUCCACCGGACGAGUUUGACGAUUCACAGUUUGUAGCUGUUCCAGUUAAAAAAGGCUCAGCUGUUAUUAUCCAUGGCCAUGUAGUCCAUAAAAGUGAGAAAAAUCUUUCAACCAGAUCACGCGAAAUCUACACUUAUCACGUAGCAGAAUCACAUAACACGGAAUGGUGCGCAGAGAAUUGGUUGCAACCUUCUGGUUCAUAUCAAUUUCCGAAAUUGUACACUUAAAUAUUGAGAUAUAUUUGCGGGAUUAUUUAUUUUUUCUUCUAUUUCGCUGCAUUUUGUGAAAAAAACAACAAGUUUUUGGCCAGUAAUUUGUUGCACAUUUGAAAGACUUGUUUUGGUUUAUCUUGAAAAUUUUCAGUAAGACGGUAUAAAAAAAGUUUUUAAAAUAAAAAUCUAAAGUAACCCCCAAAUUUUACUUUGGGAAGAAAUCUGUGCAAAAUUUAUUUUUGCACAGAUUUUGGGUCCUAUUCUUAAAUUUCAGUUUUGGAAAAUCGUACUUUUUAAAACAAAGCGCAAAAAUAUAUACCGCGAAAAUAGGCAAAAGCUGAUCAAUCGCAUAAAAUUUAAUCAAAUAUUUUAAAGAAUGUGGAAUAAUACCCGUUCUAAUACAAAAUGCAAAAUUAAGAUGAAAAUUUCCUAAAAAAACCUUUAAAACGCAAACAUUUCCUUUUCCAACUCCUUCUUCGCAACCGGCAUCGAUGUCAAAAAGGCAAAAGCUCCUGGGGACGAGGUUGUGCCCUAGGUUUGCAAAGAAGCCUGCCUGAUCCCUAGUUUAAAAAUAUUUAAUUCCGCAAAAUAAUUUUUAUUUAGUACGUAUAGAUCUGUAAUUAUUUUUAUAUGUGAAAAUAUCUGUUGCUUGAAAUUGG